AAAUUUACCUGACUGAAAAAAUGGAGAGAAAUACACGUCAAAACCCCACAAGGGGUGCCUCUAAUCUACGCACCAAGACAACACAUGAAGAUCUUCACAAUUUGCUGAAAAGACUUCAGAAAAUAAUGGAUAAACUUGGAUAUGGAUCAUCUAGAGAGAGAGCUAGAGGAAGGCAUGCAAGAUAUCAGGCUGCUCUUGCCUCUACACCUUCUCAAAAAGGAACGACAAAAAUACAAAAAAGUUAUGAACAUUACAAUGUUCCUGUUUUUAAUACCUAUGAAGAAUUUCAUAAGAUAGUUCUUCAGUCAUUUGAAAAUAUUUCAAUUGUACUGGACAUACACGGAAAAGUUGUUUUCGUAUCCCAGAAUGUGUCACCUCUUCUUGGCUACUGUCCAGAAGAUAUUAUGGGGAAGAGUCUAUUAAGUCUUGUUCUUGAUGAACAAAAGGAUGAAGUAUCUGAGAAGAUCAUUCUUAACUUUCCAUUGUCAGAUAAAGUGGGAAGCCUUAUUGAAUUUUGCUGUUAUAUAAGAAAAGGAAAUGUAGGUUGGAGUGUCCGGGGCAGACGUCGUAAAAGGACCACAUGUCAGGGGAGAGGUACAUAUGACUAUGUGAAAUUCCUGUUGCACCUACAGGAUGCUUAUGAUGAGUCAUUCGUAUUUUUCGGAAAUUAUGGUCCUAAUAGCAGAAACAUUUGGUCUUCUGCUCCAAGGCUGUUAUGGGAACAACAGUACUAUCUUGUAGGAAACAUUUCUGUUCUUCGUAUACCGGAUAAGUCAGUACAACCUGUUAAGGUUCAAACAAAAGUUAUAGUUAUUGAAUCGGAUGAUGAUGAUACUGUACACUGCAGGCUUGCAAAACGACGCCGAAGGGACAAAAUGCAAAGACAUGCUCAGGGAGCAAUUGGGAGUGCGGAGGAGCAUCCUGAAUCAGGCACAGAUGUUGAGAUUGUAGAUGUUCAACCAGUCACUGGGCAAAUGCCAUUUGAAUUAAAUCCGGUUACGACAUUUUCUCGCUCAAGCACAAGCACAGAUAUAAGUGCAAACACAAGCGUAAGCAUCCGUGUGAGAUCAAGCACAAGUCCUUCAUCUACAGAUAUUUCAUCAUCAUCACCAGUAUCAAGCAGUGGCAAGGGGUAUGUGAUAGAUCCAAAAAACAUGCUAGAGCCCCAGGACAUGGAAUUUGAAGUUCCUCCAGAAUUCCUCCUGGAUGAUAGCGAAGAAGAGGCCUCUCCAGAACAAGGAGACUGCACUGAAGAGGAUGUAAAGAAACCCUUGGAAGAGACAAAGGUCUCCAAUCCUAAAGAACAUGUAAUUGAUGAAGGUUCUGCAAUUCUUGCUAUCUCUUCAGAUGACGAAUCCUGUAUAAUAAUAGAAGAUACUGGAGACAAGAAAGACCCUGAGAUCAAAGAAGUAGUUACGGCCCAAGUACAAGGACAUCAAAAGGCACCUGAGGCUGUCCCAUUAUGUGGAAUCACACCAUUCCAGGCUGUGCGCCCAGAGGCUGUGGUGGAACCCAUGGUAAGCAGAGAUUUGUGGGCCCAUGAAGCUGAGCAAAGAGAGAACAAGGCAGACUUUCUGCUCCCUGGACAAGAUCAUGCUGGUUACUCUCAGGCUGAAGAGGACACCAAUCCUCACCCAUGAAGAGAAGAUGAGGCUGAAGACAGACCUCCAUGGUCUGUGUGGGAAAGGGACAUGCAACAUGGUCAUAGUCCCUUGAUGGGAGAGGGUGGGUGGGUUAUAUUUCUUUACUUGCAAAUUAGGUUUGUAGUUAUUAUUAAGCAUAGGCAGUUUAUUGGAGAUAGUGCUGUAGAUGUAGACUGUUACGUCCAGGUUGGUGUGAGAUAAAAAGUAUUCCCUGACCCCUGCUUGCCAAACACUACUUUGUGUAUAUGUAUAUCCAUAUGUGCUUUUAUUGUGGCAAGCUGACUUUAUAGGGCAGAAUGUCAGGGCCCUAUAUAUUUUUCUUGUCAAAGUUAAAAAUACCACAGAACUGUGCAAUGCAGGGGAAAGUGUUGUUCUAUCUAUCAUGCCCUUUUCCCAAAUUCUGGGGCUUUGUUUUUUGAUUUAUUUCUACCUCUCUUAUGUAGUCCCAGGAUACUUCAUAACCUAUGUUAAAUGGGUAUCCAAUGUGAGAAACUAAUAUCUGUUCAAAAUAGUGUACAUCUUUACUUAAUAAACACUAUGCUUUAUUUCAA